UCCUCUUGGUAUGGGCCUUGAUCCUCAAGCUCGCCGAGCUGCCGAUUUUCAUACGGCAGAGCAGGGCGGACAACUCAGUAGCCCCACAGCCACAACCCAUGCCCAAAAUUCCCGACAUGGCAACCAAGCUGCAGUGGGGGCAGAUGGUCAUCGGAGUUUGUUUUCCGGCUGUUAAUACCGCCUUGCUAGCUCUCCAUACUCCGGCGCCUCUCCCCAGGACCUUUCCCUGGUUCUGCCUGACAUUCGAGCUGGCCCUUUUUGCUUCCUUGGUGUCUAUCUACAUUCGACGCCGUUCCGAGAAGGCAUCUCUGAUCCUGGAGCAUCUUGCUGUACUCUUCGGCGCUACGGCCUUCCUCCUAGCCAUUUCAAUGCCUCUUCACACCCCAAUGAUUGAGAUAUGCAUCGCCGUCGGCUGCAUUUGUUUCUUCAUAAUCAUCAUUGCCAAUCGUUCUCUGCGUGACUGGGUUUGACAGGGAGAAUGGUGCUUUUGCUGGAGACAUUUAAACAUCUUCUGCCACGGUUUCAUGACUUGAUCAUCUCUCUUUGUAUGGUCUUUUCUUGAAGUUGUUUCAGGAGACAUGUAUGUGUGUGUUGUU